AUGAGCCUCCGCCUGCCUCUUCAGGGAGGCAAAUUCGCCGCCAUCAUCAGCGUCUACGCUCCACCGAUGACUAGCCCUGACGCCGCAAGGGACAAAUUCUUCGAGGACCUGCAUGCUCCCCUGGCAAUUGUGUCGAACGCGGAUAAGUUGACUGUCCUUGGUGACUUUAACGCCCGCAUGGGCACAGACCAUGAUGCCUGGAGAGGAGUGCUAGGUCCCCAUGGUCUCAACAGCUUCGACAAUAAUGGCCUGCUCCUUCUACGAACCUGCGCAGAACACCGACUCAUCCUGGCGAACACCUUCUGCCUGCCAAUGCGAAAGAAGGCCACCUGA